UUCCGGUGCCCCCUUUACAGCAAUGGCCGCUGCCGCUGCUGCUGCUGCUGCCGGCGCCGGGGAACCCGCGUCCCCGGACGAGUUGCUCCCGAAAGGCGACGCGGAGAAGACGGAAGAGGAGCUAGAAGAGGACGACGAUGACGAGCUGGACGAGACCCUGUCGGAGAGGCUGUGGGGUCUGACCGAGAUGUUCCCGGAGAGGGUCCGCUCCGCGGCCGGGGCCACCUUCGAUCUCUCCCUCUUCGUGGCCCAGAAAAUGUACAGGUUCUCCAGGGCAGCCCUGUGGAUCGGGACCACGUCCUUCAUGAUCCUGGUGCUGCCCGUGGUCUUUGAGACGGAGAAGUUGCAAAUGGAGCAGCAGCAGCAGCUGCAGCAGCGGCAGAUCCUUCUAGGGCCCAACACGGGGCUGUCAGGAGGAAUGCCCGGGGCCUUACCCUCACUUCCUGGGAAGAUCUAGAUGUUACCACCCCGUUGGAGUUUGGUGGGCGAAGUCUGAAAUGCAAAUGUUUGGACUGCUGGGUUUUUUUCUUGUAAACUCUAGCCCCUCUAACCCUGGUGAGGGUUCCCCACCGUGGGGUCCCCUAGAGACCCCCGACUUGCAGCUGCGCCCCGCCACGGACCACACCUGUUCUGUCUUCACUCUGGUAGUGGAAUGCGGCCUCGCAUACGGUUACCCCGAUGCCACUGUUCCCACCGGGCUGCCAUCCUGCGCCCUCAUGGGGUGGGAGAGCAGGCCAGUGGGCUGGAGGGACACUUCGCCCACUGGUGACGGUUCUGAACACCGGCCAGCUGCAAAGUGGCCCCGAGAGCCCCGCCUGUGCGUGUGGGGGACGAGCGGCCGUGUCUCUUCCGCACAUUGGCUGUUAGAUCUGUGCGUGUAAAAACAGUCAGUGCUCUGUUUUUGUAUUUAAAUAUUAAAAACGAUUCCAACCCA